AUGGAACUCAAAGUUGACAGAAGCUUUAUUGAAGUUCCGUUCAAACAGAGUGCAUUUGAUCAUUCUUUAUUUGUGAAGAAAACUGAUAGUGGAAAUAUAGUAGUAUUGGAUCUAGGGGAACUAAAAUAUUUCCUUGGAAUAGAGUUUGCAAGAUCAAAGGAAGGGAUUCUGAUGCAUCAGAGAAAGUACUCUUUGGAACUUAUAUCAGAACUUGGAUUAGCAGCAUCUAAACCUAUCAACACACCUAUGGACUCAAACAUAAAACUCACAACAAGAGAGUUUGAUGAACAUUUCUGCAAAGAUAAUCUAACAGAAGAUGAAGUACUAGCAGAUCAAAGCAGCUAUCAAAGACUCAUAGCUUGUCCAUACACCAGAAAAUCAGUCACAGGAUAUCUAAUCAAAAUAAGAGAGUCACUGAUUUCAUGGAAGUCCAAGAAGCAAACUACAAUUUUCAGAAGUUCUGCUGAAGCAGAAUACAGAAGCCUAGCAUCUACUGUUGCUGAAUUAACAUGGCUACUGGGGUUAAUGAAAGAGAUUGAUGUAAAAGUUGAUCAGCCAGUUACUAUCUUUUGCGACAACAAAGCUACUAUUCAAAUAGCAGCCAACCCAGUCUAUCAUGAAAGAACAAAAUAUAUAGAAAUAACUGUCAUUUUAUAA